GGCUGCACGACGACCUUCGUUGACCUUCGCUUCGCUUCGCAGUAUCGCAUCGAGAGAGUAUCGCUCGAUGUCACCGUUGGACGUUCGCGUCGUUCGAACGCAGCCACGCAGCAAUUACCGUUGCGCUGACGACUCAGCCGUGACAGCGGGGCCAUCUGUCGACGCGAUUUCUCCGUCGAAUCCGUCACUUCUAGUCCAUCGGCUCCAUCACCGAGCCACCGGCGGCUCGUUUCGAGCGUGUUGAUCGUAGAGCUCUGAAAUCGCGAGUCGUCAGCGACGAACGCGACGUUCUCGCACGUGUUGAUGUCAAGCGCGACGUCAGGAAACUGAAUCGUCGAUGCGAGCUUGCACAGUGUGCACGGUGUAAACCAGUGCGGACGAACGUGCCGACACACACGUGACGAAUUUUCCCCUGAUAUGCAUAUGUGGAGACGCAUCAUCCACGGGAUCGUCGACGACACACCUCCCCGCAGUAGUAGCCUCUCGCAGUAAAUCCCAAGUUGGCAGUAAAUAUGGCGGCGAUGGCCGAGGCGAAGCUGGACAUGUACGAUGAUGCUGCAUACACCGUGGACCCUCAGCAUAUCGAGGGUGAGAUGACAAUUGGUGCAAAGCAGAGGUCGACUUUGGGAGAGCCGGAAUUUAAUACACUAGACGAGCCCAUCAGAGAUACAAUUUUGAGGGACGUUCGUGCGGUGGGCAAGAAAUUUUUCCACGUUUUAUACCCUAAAGAGAAGAAAAGUCUGCUGAAGGAAUGGGAUCUUUGGGGACCAUUAGUAUUAUGCACAUUUAUGGCAAUGAUAUUACAAGGUUCCUCUGACACAGCAAACAAUUUGAACGAUGGAGGGCCUGAAUUUGCAGAAGUUUUUGUCAUCGUAUGGAUUGGAUCAAUGGUUGUUACAUUGAAUUCAAAACUUUUGGGUGGAAAUAUAUCUUUUUUCCAAAGCGUUUGCGUCCUAGGAUAUUGCCUAUUACCGACUGCCAUUGCAUUGAUUUUGUGCAGAGUUAUACUGAUGGUGCAGCAAACUACACUCCUAUUUAUCCUUAGGUUUGUGAUCACCAUGAUUGGAUUUUUGUGGGCAACGUAUGCAUCGAUGGCAUUCCUUGGCGACAGUCAACCCGUAGGGAGGAAAGCUUUAGCAGUAUAUCCAAUUUUUCUAUUUUACUUUAUAAUAUCGUGGUUAGUUAUAUCCCACACUGUGUAAAAUGCGACACAAUAACUUCUCUGUCAGAAGACUGUAUAUCGCUCUGGGCUUCCGAAUGGGUCCCAGAGGACAUGAAGCAAGGAAAGAGCAAAUUGGACGAUGCAACUAUUUCAUAGAUAUUUUCCAAGUUCCCUACUUGGACACAUAUUCCAAUAUCGUGCUUUUUUGUGAGUAAUACACGUAUCUAUAGUCGCCGAGUAUUUAUUAUCUCCUUAUAUAGAGUAUCAUUGGAUAAUGUCAAUUACGAGAUCUGUAAUUAAAUAUAAUUAUAGAAACUUCUGAUGUGUGUGUGCUACACAGUCGAGCUAAAUUUCAUUGGUGGUACAAAAAUAUCUCGUACUAUUUCUCACCGAAUGAGAGAAAGAAACCAUCAGAUUGGUAUAUAUUUAUACAGACUUGAUAAGAAAAGACGUCGAUAGAUAUAACGGACAAUCUCAUCAUUGAUUCUAGAAUCUUGCUGCGUUUGAGUAUCGAUUCCUGUGUUCCCGUGUACCUUAAUGAUCAUUAUUUCGUGUUCCAUUUCAAAUUCCAAUUAUGAUUACCACUUUUUUGACUUCUGACGUUUAUACAGACAGUGUAAGAAAUUGGUGACGCAAUUUUUGCCGUUUUGUACAUGUAUAUUAUGUAUAUAGAAUUAUGUUUAAAUAUGUUACA